AUGGGCUCCACCCAGUCCGGCGCCGCGCGGUAUGCAGACCGCCCAAGCGGCACCAACCUCACAGCCUGCCCAGGUUCAAGCCUUGCAACAUUCCUCGUGAAGAGGCCUGACCAGCUGUCAGCAGCCUUCGAAAAACAUGUUCACGAGGACCUGCGUCGUGAUCUGGGUGGGGUUGUGCUGCUGUGCAACGGGUACACUGCUGACCAAGUGAAGGGUUGGUCCUCCAAACUCGACUGCCCGGUCAUGUUUGUUGGCUGCUACGGCGUCAUUGGGUGGUGUGUUGAAGACAAGGAGAACGUGGAGUUCGAGGAGAAGGGCCGUGGCCGGGAGUUCGGUUCGCCAGGCGCACCGGAGAUCAAGCUCGGCAUCACGGUUGUGGUGGUCCGGAAGAGUUCAAAAAAGAAGAAGUGCCCCGUGCUGUCCUUCUCGCCUGAAACGGUUCCCAAGGCGGCCGAUGGGGCCACGGCUCACAUUCUCAUGGGCUCGGUCACCCACCAGGCGACAAUCGACAAGCUGCUCACGUCUCCUGACCACUGCGUUUGCAACGGCGGCUGUUGCAAGGAGGUGCUGGAAUGGAGCAACGGUGACGGCCAAUGGGUGGACAAAGGCUUUGGGACGAUCACUUUCUUCGUGACAGAGUCGACCAUGGUGAACGUGUGCAUCUCAUACAGCGUUUGGGACACAUGCGGGCUGCCGGCCUUCAAGUCGGAAGCAAUGGAGAUGGUGCAGUCUUUGCCAGAGAACUAUGCUCCGGUUUUUGUCGGCUCUUACAUGUGCUUCUGCCGAGGCAUCAACACCUUUGGGUGUUACAACAAGGAGUCGAGUCUGCUGGCCGAGUUGUGCGGCAAGGAUCUCCCAAGCUUCGGCAUGUUUUGUUGCGGGGAGAUCGGCAACAAUGAAACCCAGAAUCCAAAUGGAUGGAAUUCUCAGACCCCUGCCUCCGAGAACAGCUCCUACCACACCUUCACCACCUGUUAUCUGGUCUAUGCCGAGAAGAUUGCAGAGGCGCCAGCAGGCGGUGGUAUCCGUGGUCUUUGCUGUGCACCCAAGGAAGAAGGCCCUAUCGAGGUUAUCCAGGCCGUACCGGCAUUGCAGCGAUCGCAUACCAGCGGCGCCAUCACCGUGCACCAGUCGAUCACAGAGAGGGACUUGGAGUUUACCUUCGAGCCCCCUGCCACUUCCACCUACAAGGACUUCCAGCGCAGCGUGAACUUCGCAGACGUCGCCCACCCGGCAGCGCCCGUCAUCAACUUUUGGGUCUGGGACGGAGGGAUGACGCCCGAGGAGUGCUACAGCAAGUCCAAGCCCAAUCCCGAAGUGGACAUCUUCCUGUCCCACUCCAUGAAGCAGGACAUGCGCACCCCGGUCUUUGCCAUGAGAGAGUCGAACCAGUACACGCUUCACAAAGUGGCCGACAUCUUUGCGGGUUCCUGGGGCAUCGUGUCGAGAAAGGUUGCCAGUGGUGAGAUUCGUGAGGACCAAGUCAUGGAAAAGUUGCAAAGUUUGACCUACUGGUGCGACACAGGCUGCGUGGACCACUCCGAUACCGCAAAGAAGAUGUACAUCCUUAAGGCGCACUUGGAAGACUUCGUGGCCAACGCGAAGCAUGUGAUCUGCCUCCUCUCAACCCACUACUUCACACGAGCAUGGUGCCUCUAUGAGUUCUGUUGCGCAGUCAAGUGUUGCAAGGGCAGGCGGAUCGACCAGUACCUCGUCAUUUCCACGACGUUGCUGACCUGGUUUGAGCGAGAGGCUCAGCGGGUCGUGGAUUCUGUGGUCAACGCCUCGUUCGAGAACUCCUCGUGCUUCGACUCAGCAGACAAGAAGCUCAUCCAGAACAAGAUCAACGCCGAGUUCAAAUCUGUGGCCCACUUCAACCGCCUGGUGAAGUUUGUCGCCUGCGCGUUGGGUGCCAAGGCGAAUCUGUGCUGGGCUGUUGAGCUGUUCCCCGGGCGCUUCCUGGACUGGGGUGAUGCAGCCUCCCGUUGUGGGUUUCCCGACCUGGCUGCGGUCUUGCAGGCGGUGGACCUGAAGGACUUGCGCAAGAGAGCCAUGGAGGCAGUGCCAGACGCUCCUGGGGCGACCUCUGCGAAAGAGCGCAUCGUAUGGUUGGAGAGCAAUUUUUCGAGCGACUGGUUCAUUCGAGAACUCGAGCCAUUGGUCGUGAGAGAGCUUGACAAUGCAUGUGCUGAAGACCAGCCAUCACCGUGA